AAGAAUUGCCAGCAAGACAAAGAAUAUUUUCAAAGCCUCGAAAAUGGAAAAGAAAAUCCAAUAAUUUUCUAAUUGCAAACAGAAAUAUUGACUGUGGAAGAUCGGGAAUUAGCCUUAGAAGCUCUAAUAAGUUGAAAACAAAAUUGUGAAGCAUGGCGGGAGAAAGGAAGUCAUUUCUAACGCCGACGCAGAGAUAUGGGGCGGGUGCGUUGUUCGCCUUUGCUGUUAACCAGGCUCAGAUCCAUCAGACUCGUCCUCUUGGACUUCCCUUUGAGGACGAUCAUCAUUCCACUGGGGAGCGAACAAGUAGCAGUAGUAGCAACGAGUCAGUCUCUGACGAUCCCGAUCUUUGGGUCAACGAAAGAUCGGGUCUGCUUCGACCUGUUUUCAGGUUUCUAGAUAUCGACUCCGCAGCAUGGCUUGGACUAGAAGAAACUGCUGGGACUUCGCGAGCCACCAAUCAUGUGGGCGCUUUCAUGAGGUUAAUAGCUGAACAAAGUGAGGAAGGUUCUUCUGAAAGAUUGGAGCAGGAGAUUGCUCUGUCUAAAGCUGUUGAUGCUAUGGCAUUUAGCAUGGAAACAAAUUCUGAAUCUUCUCAGGUUAAGAAAGAGAAGUCUCGUAAAUAUGAACAGGAAUAUCGUGAGAAAUAUUCCACUCCUGAGGUUCCACCAAAUUCUGUAAUGGAAAACCAACCUAUAGUGACUCCACCAGAGAGCGAUUCUAACGUGCUUUGUGGGACUGAUAACCAUCAUCUAAUGUGUGAUAGUUUGAAUGAGAAACCUACUGAAGAGGUUGGGAUGCUUACUUAUCAGAGGAAAGUGAUGGUUCUUUAUGAGCUUCUUUCAGCUUGCCUUGCAGCUGCGGAUACUCGUGAAGAUAGCAAAAAAUAUACCCGACGAAGAAAAGGCUAUGAUGCUCGUCAUCGUGUGGCUUUGCGGUUGCUGACAAGUUGGUUUGACAUUGAGUGGAUAAAAAUGGAAAGCAUUGAGAUGAUAGUUGCUUUCUCUGCAAUGGCUUUAGUAAAAGAGAAAGAAGCACAAGAAGAAGAAUCCCAGUCGUCAGGGAGCACAUGGGCGAAAUGGAAGCGUCGUGGUAUCAUUGGUGCUGCUGCAGUGGCUGGAGGAACUUUGAUGGCCAUUACUGGAGGGUUAGCUGCUCCAGCAAUUGCUGCAGGAUUUGGUGCCCUGGCUCCAACAUUAGGCACUUUAGUCCCUGUCAUUGGAGCAAGUGGGUUUGCUGCUGCUGCAAGUGCUGCUGGAACUGUUGCAGGUUCUGUUGCUGUUGCCGCAUCAUUUGGAGCUGCUGGAGCUGGGCUUACAGGUUCUAAAAUGGCUAGGAGAACUGGUAACAUUGAUGAAUUUGAAUUUAUAGCUAUUGGAGACUAUCAUAACCAGGGCCGACUAGCAGUUGAGAUUUUGAUCUCUGGAUUUGUUUUCAGUAAGGAAGAUUAUGUAAGGCCCUGGGAAGGACAAAUUGACAACAUGGAAAGGUUUGCGCUGCUGUGGGAGUCCCGGAAUCUGAUUGCAGUGAGUACCGCAAUUCAGGAUUGGCUAACUUCAAGUAUUGCUUUGGAGUUAAUGAGACAGGGUGCAAUGAUGACGGUUUUAAGCUCGCUUGUAGCAGCAUUGGCAUUGCCAGCAGUAUUACUUUCGGCUACUAACUUUAUAGAUAGCAAAUGGUCAAUUGCUGUGGACAGGUCUGAUAAAGCAGGAAGGUUGUUAGCUGAAGUUUUAUUGAAAGGUUACCAAGGUAACAGACCUGUGACACUCAUUGGCUACUCACUUGGAGCACGAGUGAUUUUCAGUUGUCUUCAGGCUUUGUCUGAGACUGAACGAAAUGCUGAACUUGUAGAACGAGUUGUUCUUCUUGGAGCACCCAUUGCAAUUAAAGACGAGAACUGGGAAGCUGCCAGAAAGAUGGUGGCUGGAAGGUUUAUAAAUGCUUACUCUACGAAAGAUUGGAUGCUUGGAGUUGCUUUCCGUGCAAGUUUAUUGACAAAUGGAUUAGCCGGAUUACAACCAGUUGAUGUGCAAGGGAUUGAGAAUGUUGACGUAACAGAUACGAUCGAAGGUCACUCAUCCUAUCUGUGGUCUACAAGGAAGAUUUUGGAGCGGCUUGAACUAGAAGUUUGCUAUCCCGUUUUCAAGAGCAAAGAAAAGGAAGAAUAGUACUACUCAACUUUGGCGGCUGCUUCAGUUAGCUUUAUCUCUUUCAUUCUUUCAACGUCAAAUGAAAUCUGAAGUCAAAUAGCAGCAGGGUGAGGCAACUGUAUUUUCUGUUCAUAUUUUGCUAAUUGCUCUCUGUAUAUAUAUAAGCAGGCGCUUGCUUGCAACUUAAAAAAGCAAGCAAGCAAGACGAAUGUUGAUAGUUUACUUUGCUGGCCGCUUUAAUAAAUUUAAGAUAUCACCCAAAAACUGUAUUACAUAAAAUAUACGGGCAUAAUAAUAAAUGUUCUACUCUUCUUUC